AUGCGCCUCCGUCAAUUUGAUACCAGCACUAUCAAGAUUCUUAUUACGAGUCGCCCCGACAUCGAGACGCAGCUUUUCAGCGUGCAAAGACCACAGUACAAGAUUUCAGUGACAAAGAGAAAGGUCGAACCCGACAUGGAAGCUUACAUCGACGUAACUCUGAGCCGCUAUCUAGAGGAAGGAAAGUUGAAGCUCAGAGACGGGAGGCUCAUAGCUACCAUUUCGCAAGCUUUACGAGAUGGAUCAGGUGAAAUGAUCCUCUGGACUCGUCUCUUUAUUGAAGAGCUCUGUGCCCAAGGGAGUGACAAGAUAAUUUUAAAAGCCCUAACGCGACUGCCGCGGGGCCUCGCUGAGCUGUAUGAUCAAAAGCUUCGUCGUGUACAGAGCAAGCAGAAUGCUGAGCAAGCAGACGACAUACUACGCUUCUGUGCUUUCUUAAAACGACCGUUGACACUGCCCGAAUACGAGGACCUUCUUGGUAUUAAACCAGAGCAAGAGUCUCAUGAUCCUGCCAAUUGUCCUACGGAUAUGAUGCAAGUGAUCAGCGACUGUUGUGGGCUGAUCUCUGUAGAUGAAGAAGAUAACACAGUGCAUUAUGUUCAUCAUAGUGUAGGGGAGCACCUUUCAGCAAACAGUGACCGGUGUGAAAAGGUGGAUCAGCAUCUUGGCGUCCUUUGCCUGACAUAUCUCGACUUUACUGAUUUCAAACGCCAAUUGGCAAAGUUACGGGAGGGAUUCAACACUCCUAUCCAACCUCUCCAACUAGGUGUCCUACCACUUCCUAGCGUUGGAAGACGGGUGGCAUUGGAAAUCUUGUCUCGUGGUCGACAUCUAAGACAUUUACGCGAGCUGGAUACCCAGAUUGAUGGCAAAAUCUGGCGAUUGUUCUGUCAAUGUGUCGAGGGGAGCGAUAUUCCUGUGAAAAGGCCAUGGAACGUUGAUUCAGAUACAGGUGGUAAAUCCACCGACAGAAGAAAAGAGUGGUUAUUAGCAAAUCGGCAUCCCGCCUUGCUUUGGUACUACGCAUUGUAUCAUCCCAUCACUGGAAACGAAAAUUUAGACACCAACAUCCUCGAGGAAUUUGCCCGCCGACUUGAGCAUGGUUGUGGGUUCAAAGAGGCGGUAUCAUUAUUUUGGACCAAAUUGAACUGGAAUAGCAAAACUCCGGCUUUGUGCUACGCAUUGGUUGGUGCCGCGGAGACAGGAUGUAAAGUUUGCGUUGAACAUCUGAUCCAAUUAGGCGACCGUCUUGAUACUCGAGUGCCAUCAACAAGAGGACAUAAUUCGUUGAACGGAGCAGCUCUUAUAGUAGCAGCCGAAAAAGGCCAUCUCCAGGUUGUGAAAAUAUUGCUACAGGCCAAGGCUGACCUCAAUGCGAGGUCUGAGGACCUCUUUGGCCUAACAGCCCUCCAGGCAGCUUUUAAGGGUCAUAUUGAUGUCGUGAAUACUUUGAUACAGGCCAAAGCUGACGUCAAUGCGGAGCCUGGAGAGAUCCUUGGCCGGACAGCUCUCCAAGCAGCAGCUGAAUGGGGUCAUAUUGAUGUUGUAAAUACAUUGAUACAGGCCAAAGCUGACGUCAAUGCGGAGUCUGGAGAGAUCCUUGGCCGGACAGCUCUCCAAGCAGCAGCUGAAUGGGGUCAUAUUGAUGUUGUAAAUACAUUGAUACAGGCCAAAGCUGACGUCAAUGCGGAGUCUGGAGAGAUCCUUGGCCGGACAGCUCUCCAAGCAGCAGCUGAAUGGGGUCAUAUUGAUGUCGUGAAUACAUUAAUACAGGCGAAUGCCGAUGUAAAUGCGCCCCCAGGACCUCAGGGAGGCCGGACAGCCCUUCAAUGUGCGCAAAAUAAUGGAUGGCGGGAAGUAGCAGAGAGAUUAAGGCAAGCUGGCGCGAUCAGGCCCCAGCUUUAA